UGCUUUUGUUUUUCCUUGGGAAAAAAGUCGAGGAACAAUGUUUGGAAACAUUUUUUUCCCACAGCGCUUUAUAUCAACAUCAAGCGCAAACCCGCGAUAUAAUAUAGGACAUGGAUCCCUUUUAGACAACUAAACGAUAUUUUAUCGGCCUGAAGCUUGUUUGACGCUCGUUUGGGAAAUCUCAGAGCUGCAGAGAUUGCGAGGCGGAAGACGGGAAUUGCGAAAGGACGGACCAAGCGAUGGAUCCGAGCUUCUUCGGAUUGAUUUUAUGCACUCGUUGCAAGGGGGGUUCCUUUGUUUUGGAUCAACAUAAAAGCGAAAACAUGUUUUAAACCCCACAUUUGUUCCUCUGCGUAAUUAAUGACAUAUUUUGGACUAAUAAUUCGCCUUCAAGAAAUUCAAAAUGGCGGCGGGCUGGCCCAUCCCCCAGGCCUUGCUUCUGCUAAUAGUGAAUGUCGUGGGUCUGGACACAUGCCCAUCUCCCUGUGUGUGCUCCAGCGGUCCAGGUGCACAUCAGCUGCUGGACUGUAGUAGAAAAGGACGGAUUGGUGGACUUUUGGAUGCUCCAACGUGGAUCACCCAUGCGUCUAUGAAUCAAAAUGAACUUACAUCUGUGCCUUUCUUGGGAGAUGCCUCAUCCAACAUCACUGUUCUAUCUCUUGUUCAGAACCGAAUCUCAGAGGUUGUGGCGGAGCAGCUGUUGCCAUAUUCAUCUCUAGAAAGUCUGGAUUUAAGCUCUAACUCUAUAACUGAUCUUAAAGCAGGAUCCUUCCCUCCCAUGCAGCUGAAACAUCUCAACCUGAGCAAAAACAAGAUAAGUUCCCUGGAGCCCGGCUGUUUUGGAAACAUCAGCUCUCUGCUGGUGUUGAAGAUCAACCAGAACAGACUCUCUGUGCUUCCUGAUAAAGUCUUCACCCUCUCUCAGCUCCAAGUCUUGGAGUUAAGGCGCAACAGGAUCCGUGUGGUUGAAAGCCUCAUUUUUAAAGAACUGAAGGCUCUUAAAUCACUGAAGAUGCAGCGGAACGGCAUCACUAAGAUGAUGGAUGGAGCUCUGUUUGGUCUGGACAACAUGGAGGAGCUGGAGUUGGAGUAUAACAAUCUUACAGAACUGAAUAAGGGCUGGCUGUAUGGACUACACAUGCUCCGCAUUUUGCGGGUCAAUCAGAACAACAUCGGACUCAUCCGAGCUGACGCCUGGGAGUUUUGCCACCGCCUGGAAGAGCUGGAUUUGUCCUUUAACCAUCUGAGUCGUCUGGAGGAUUGGGUGUUUACGGGUCUCAGUCUCAUGCAAACUCUUAACCUGGGUAACAAUCAGAUCACACAUCUGGGAGUAGGAGUGUUCAGCAGCCUGGCUAAUGUCCGCACAUUAGACAUCCGUAAUAAUGAGAUAUCUCUUGCCAUUGAAGACUCCGUUGCCAUGUUUGGCGGUUUGAAGAGGCUGAACUCGCUGGUUUUGCAGAAUAAUAAGAUCAGGACCAUCACUAAAAGAGCGUUUGAAGGCCCGAUGGAACUGGAACAUUUGGACCUGAGCAGAAAUAGGAUUAUUUCCGUUCAUCCGGAUGCGUUCUCGCAUUUAAAACUCAAAACGCUAGAUUUGAACACCAGCAGUCUUCUGUGUGACUGUCAGCUGCAGUGGUUGGGCAAGUGGUUAAUGAACCGUUUCCAGCAAUCCUGCAUCGUUGUUUGCGCUCAUCCCGCCUCCCUGGCAGGUUCUAGUGUGAUUGUGAUUAAACCGGAGGAGUUCAUCUGCAAUGACUUCCCCAAACCUCAGAUCAACGCUCACCCCAAAACCACUGUAGCCUUGCGAGGGACCAACGUCACGUUAAAUUGUUCUGCGCUCAGCAGCAGCGAUUCACCCAUGAGCACCGCCUGGCGGAAAGACAGAGAGGUGCUUCAUGACGCUCAGGUGCAGAACUACGCCCGGUACCAGGACCAGCGCCUGCUGUACACCACUUUACUACAUCUGCUUAAUGUCAACUUCACCGAUGAAGGCCAGUAUCAGUGUGUGGUCUCCAACCAGUUUGGCUCCAACUACUCAACUCUGGCCAAGCUCACUGUCAAUGAGCUCCCUACCUUUUUGAAGACACCCAUGGACCUGACAAUCCGCACUGGAACGGUUGCUAGGUUGGAGUGUGCUGCAGAGGGACACCCGACGCCCCAGAUCGCCUGGCAAAAAGACGGGGGUAUUAAUUUCCCUGCUGCCCGCGAAAGAAGGAUGCAUGUCAUGCCAGACGAUGACACGUUUUUCAUCGCCAACGUGAAGAGUGAAGAUAUGGGCGUGUACAGCUGUACGGCUAAAAACGAGGCUGGCAGCCUGUCGGCCAACGCCAGUCUUACGGUGUUGGAAACACCAUCCUUUCAGCGCCCUCUAGAGGAUCGUACUGUCGCACGAGGCGAGACUGCCGUCCUCCAGUGCAUAGCUCGCGGUAGCCCCGCCCCACGCCUUAACUGGACCAAAGACGACGCCCUGUUGGUGUUGACGGAACGCCACUUCUUUGCAGCGGCCAAUCAGCUUCUCAUUAUUGUAGACACCGGACCAGCCGACGCCGGGAAAUACACGUGCAUCAUGUCCAACACGCUCGGCACUGAACGCGGCCACAUCUACCUUGCCGUCUCCCCCUCGGCCAACUGCGACCCGGUGGCAAGCGUGUACGGGCAGGACGGCUGGACGACGGUGGGCAUCGUUGUAAUGGUGGUUGUUUGCUGUGUGGUGGGCACCUCACUCGUGUGGGUCAUAGUCAUCUACCACAUGAGACGCAAGAGCGAAGAUUACAGCAUAAGUAAUACAGAUGAGAUGAACCUGCCAGCAGACAUUCCCAGUUACCUGUCCUCUCAGGGUACACUGUCUGAGCCUCAGGAGGGCUACAGCAAUUCUGAAAACGGAAGCCACCAGCAACUCAUGCCAUCUCAUGCCAACGGAUACGUCCACAAAGGCACAGAGGGUGUGUGUUAUGGCGAACCAGGCAGGGAUGUUGAUCCGGAAACAAAUGGAAUGCUGGGUAAUCGCAUGGGAUCGUUCUUCGCCGGCCGUAGCAGCUUCCACAGAAGCGAACCCAGAGAGGGACCGGCAAAUGUACCCAACGGUGGAAUGGGUCCUCUGGUCAUCUGCUCAGACUGCUAUGACAACGCCAACAUCUACUCUCGCACCCGAGAUUACUGCCCGUACGCGUACCUGGCCGAGGAUGAACCUCUGGUGGCUCAGAUCCCUCUAGACGGACAUCUGAACGGCCUUCAAGAAUCGGAUCCACACACCGAACACGCAGACGCACCGCUGGAUGAUUUAAUAAAUCAGCAAAACACCUCAGGGUUCCUCACCAGUCACGAACCGAGACAGCAGGCUUCACAACUGUAUAGCGCUGAUGUGCCAGGCAGGUCAUUUUGGGAUGGUGAAGAACCCCACUCCUCCAUCCUCACCCAGGGGUCAGUGACUGUACACGAUCCCCCGAUGGCUCUCUCUGCCGGAGACGACCGAGAGGAGAGGAGGGGGGCAUUGGAGGAAGACUCAUACAGGACUAAGCCACAGGAAAACACCUCUGCGCCCCCAUAAACACAGUCAGCCCCGCCCUCGACUUCCAGUGCCCUCAGCCCACUACCUCCACAGAGAAGCCUCAUUGUCUGCCAAAUAAAACUCCUCACUCGUAGUGGUUUACCUCUCAUGCCCCCCACUUUACCAUGUUCGUUUGUAGCCCACUGGGAUUAUUGGAUUUUGAGGAGGACUCUCCAAAACAAGAUCAGAAUUAUUGCUUUCCCUAUUUUCUCUACAACCGGUUUCGAGCCGUGACUCUGAAUGUAACAUUUCCAAGAGCUCCAGUAGCUCUGCUGUAAGUCGUGACGUACGAGUUGGCCGUGGUAUACUGUCUCCGCCUAAUUCAAAGCAUUGAGCCUUUUGCAUAUGCCAAAGCUUGACCCCUAACUUCCUCCACAGAGUCGUACGAAUGUUGACUGUGAAAAUAGUGAAGCUAUAUUGGUAAGAACCGGACAACCUGCCUGAAACAGGGCAGUGAUGUUCUCAGAGUGACGUCAGAGGGUGUCACCUAUUUCUCAUUCCUGUUUGGUACAGGAAACGGUACCGACUGAUGACAAUUAUUGUGCUAACGGAGUUGACCGCUCGGUUGGUUAUUACUGUUAUUGUCGAUGUUGCUGUUUUUUUUCGUGCAUUUUACGUGUUAUGCUUUUCGCAGUUUCAAAAGUAUUCCAGAUGAUUCCUUUCCUCUUUUUUUUAGUCUGGCACUAUAUUAGAUCGUCAGGAAGACAAGCUAUAUUGCACAUUUGACAAUCUGCCCAGGACAGCCUUAUAUGAACUGUAAUAUGCCAAGUUCUUUUUAUUCUUCCCCCAUUAAGAUAGCUUCUUGUUGUAUUUUUUUGUCCUUAAUGGACAAAUGUUAGAAGGGUUAUCAUUGUAACUUGUCUAACCCUGCUAUGUGUGGUUUAGUUAAACAGAAUUGCAGUCAGACAUGGCACCGUUCAGACUGCUUGAGGUGGACUGUUUUUUCAUUUGGUGCCCAGAAAUUCACACAUGACCUUACAGUGUGUCUGUAGGCCGUUAAACGUGUGUAUUACUACAAAUACAUGACUACAGGUCAGACUAAAUCCUCAUCUGUCAAUAUAUGCUGGAUACGCGGCUCAACUCAUUUUGAAUUCUUGGCAAAAUGUAAAAUUCCGAAAAUCUUUUCAAUUGUGACUGUAUUAGGCACGUUCGUGCUUAGCAUUCUUAUUUUGUACUGUAUUGGCCUUAAAGCGAAGCUGGAUUUUGACCUUCUUCUCAUGAAGCAGUAUCUUAUGAGGGGUGUCAAGGUCAACUCCUCUACUGUCUUGUUCCCUCUGUGUCUUCAAGAAAAUGGUUUCAGCCUGAAUUUCAUAGGCAGCCUAAUGCCACGUUUAAUGGUCUAGAACAAAUUGAAGUGAGCUUAAGAUAAGUUAGAUAAGGUAAUUGAGCUAGCGAUCCAAUGGAGUGUUUAAUAACCACAGGGCUUAUAUCUCGGUAUAGAUUUUCAUGGGAAAAUGCAUUGAUUAAUUAAUUAAUUUAUAUCUAAACAUCACUUCAUUGGACGUUUUUGUUCUUUUAAACGGCCGCCAGUAGCUUGCACUGGAUUGUGGGAUGUGGGACACUUUCUAGGUUUGUUUCAACCAGUGGUUGGUUCUGUCCAAAUUUGACCCAGCGUUUUUAGAGUAACGGAUGUUUCGCAAACAUUUCAUGCUUUGUUAUUACUAAGGCCUUGAUGCUUUUUAACCUUUGGAUACCAUCUGAGGGUUUUAGGUUGCGGACGCAAAGCCAGUUCACAUUAUUGCUUGUUGGCCCCGCAUCAUCAAUCGCUGCUUCAACGUCUGAAUUAUCCUUUAUUCAUUAUGCACUUUUUGAACCUACAAAAGCUGAAUUUGGUAAAUAUGACAGAUAAAUGUGUUCACUGUUCUCAAUUUUUUAAGAAAAUAUUUCUUCUCCAGUUACUUUCAAACAUUCUCCAGCUGUGAUAAAGACCCAUGCAUUUGCAGAUUUCGUUGGUUGCGUUUUGCACAUUUUCUUGCCUCGCAGUCAUACAAUUAUAAUAAUCAGGAGUCUAGACCUUAAAGGGUAGUUCACCCAAACAUGAAAAUUCUGUCAUCAUUUACUCACCCUCAUGUUAUUUCAUACCUUUAUAAAUUACUUUGUUCUGAUGAACACAGAGAAAGAUAUGUGGAAGAAUGUAAGCGAUUAUCAGUUCUGGAAUAUCAUUGACUACCAUCGUAGAAAAAAAUAAAUGGUGGUCAAAGGUUCCGCAAAACUGUUUGUGUUCCUAAAUUCUUCCAAAUAUCAAAUUUUGUGUUAAACAAAACCAAAAAUAACCAAAACAUAUUUUUCUACUGUGGUAGUAGACGUCACGGAACUAAAACUAGCUAACAUCUUCCAAAUUUCUUUGUUUGUGUUCAACAGAACAAAGAAAUGUAUACAGAUUUGAAACGACCUGAGGGUGAACUAUCCCUUUAAUGCCAAAUGAUGAAACUGACGAUGCCGAGUCAAUUUCACUGUCUCAUUACUGGCUUCCCUCGACUUUAAAGAUCUCUAAACAUGGUCGUAAAUUACCGUUAAUGCUCAUUUUGCCUAUAACAAGCAUCUCUUUUUUGUUCAGUUCUGCUCUCAGGGGAUCCAUUUAUUCUGAAUAAUACCGGGCCGUAUUUAGAAAUGAACCGUUUAUCACUUCACCAUCUGUAAUGUCUGUGAAUUACAAUUCCGGUACGUUUUAGACCAAAGAACAAGCCAUGUGUAUCAAACGCUCCACCGUUCGCCAACGUGUCCUGAAACCAAAGUUCAGUGUCAUUGUUUUGAUAUUUAAAUGCUGCUUUUGAUUUAUUUCGUUCAAUAUUUUUGCGUCAUGUGUAUUUUUUUGUAUGUACCUGUACAUUCUGUAAAGCAUGUAUAAAGAAUAUUAUGUUUCCAAAAAUGCCAACAUUUAGCUGACAUUUAAACAAUAAAAUGAUAAUUUAGAUG